AUGGGUAUGUCACUUACAACAGAACAGGUGGUUUAUCAUCUUUUAGCUAUAUUGGUGGCUCGCUAUGUAUGGCUACGAAUACUCAAUUCAUUCAGAGAUGCUAGCGAUGUUUAUUUAACUCAGCAGCUGGUGGUGGACACUGUGCGGAACCCUUCUGAGUCGCCUAUUUACAAGUCGAAUAAGUUGGAUUAUCUGAGUGGUCUUCGCUUGGGACUCAACAUUCGGUAUGACCACUACAAGAUUCGAAACGGGAACUUGAACGAUGUUUGGGAAAUUGCCAUGUCGUCUCCGAAAUCAAAGGUGAAGAUGAAUGGCGUUGAGAUCACACGAGAUCAAUUGAAUGAUGGAGUGGAAAAGGUUCGUGGAAUUUUGACUAAACUAGGCAUUGAGGAGGCGAGUAUGGAUCAUUUUGAGCUAUUUUCACUUGAAAACUUUAUUGUUUUCAUUAGUUGUCUUGUGGGCCAAAUACCAGUCAACGUAUACGGUCCCGGUACGAAUGGCAAAAAAGGAUGGGUUUUCUCCAAAGGAGCAUUCCAUAAAGGAGCUGAAACGGUAACAUUGCCUUUCAAACCGCUGGAACUAGAAUGUUCUACUCGUUUUGCUAAUCCGUACCAUCCUAGUAAAGACAAGGGUAUUUGUCUCAAAUGGCAUUAUAAGCUUAAUCCUCAUGUUUCCGCAACCACAGAGUUCACGCAAGCCAAUGUCAUAAGUGCUAUUGCAUCCACCCUUAAGCAUCUUCCUGCUGACUUCACAUUUGAUAGUAGUGAUCGUCUUUUGGUCGUUGAUGAUUUCUCCUCCAUGGAGUACACUUUGGCCCACAUCGUCAAGAUCCUAUCCCUGUUUAUAUAUCCCACGAAUGUUGUGGUUGCUAAUCCAGACUCCUGGACGAAACUUCUUGCUUUCAAACCAACUAUAUUGACCAUAUCUCUACCAAAAUGGAAGACUCUUUCACCAAAAUUUUCUCUCAAAGAAAAAAUGGCUGCAAGAUUUGGAAGGUAUUUCCUUUCCCAUGGAAUAUAUCUUCCUAUUAAGAAAACUAUGAAACUCACUUAUGUGCAAUCAUCACUCAAUAGCAAUAUUUCAGUUCGAACGCAGGAGCUAAACAAUUAUAGGGCCUUAAACUCAAGACUCAUUUUAGAAUUUGGUUACCACAAUAUUGCUGGCCCCGUCCUAGCCAGCGAUCUUUUUGACUAUCGAGAUUUUCCAUUUGCCAUAAAAGCGUCUGGUUGUUUAUCUCAGUCCUUGGAGUACAAGCUCACAGAUAUGGAUGAAACCAAGAACGGAGUUAUCAACGUAAGAGGCUUUAUUAUUGGUAAGACUACCUUCAGUAUUGAGUCAGAUAAAGCAGAACGUAAUUCGGAUGGGUUCAUGCCACUUAACGUGAAAGGUAAAUGGGGGUCUGAUGGUUGCUUGUACAUAAUAUAG